AUGGUGAUAGCCAGCGCCGGCGUGAACGUGCCCGCCACCGGUGCCGGCGGCGACGGGGUCGGGAACCCGACCGCCGAGCCUGCCGCCACCCAAGAAUGCCGGCUGCGCAGGCGCCGCCGCCUCGAGCCGCAAGGAUCCGGCGAGGCGGGCCCGAGCUGGGUGCGCCGGCUCCGCCCGGCGGCCUCCCGCUUCUCCUCCUCGUCGUCGUCGCAGUCGGCUUCCCAGGGCUCGUCACAGGAGGAGGCCGACCCGGAGGUCCAGGAGAUGGAGCUGGCGCCGCUCACGCCGGCGGGGCUGCAGCCUGAGCCUGUCGCCGCCGUCGCCGCGCAGCAGGUGUGGCCCGUGGCGUUCGGCUCCGUGACCAUGGCAGGGCGGAUGCGGAUCAUGGAGGACACCGUCUCGCUCCACCCCAACUUGUGCACCUGGGCCGCCGACGGCUCGCCCAUGCACUUCUUCGCCGUCUUCGACGGCCACGGCGGCACCCAUGUGUCGGCGCUGUGCCGCGAGCGGAUGCACGACUUGGUGGCGGAGGAGCUGGAAAGGGAGGGAGCCGCGUUCCUGCGUCGCCGGCAGGCGUCGAGCGACGCCGCGAGAAGCGUCUCCGCAUUCCUCGGAGGUCCGGGUCCCGCCGCCGAGCCCUGGUCGGAGCAGGCGGAGGAGGAGCGCGCGUGGCGGGCCGCGCUGAUGCGCAGCUUCCGCCGCGUGGACGCGAUGGCGCCGCUGGCGUGCGCGUGCGGCCGCGUCGCGCGCCCGAGCUGCGGCUGCCCGCUCUCCGCCUCCGGCGCCGCUGCCCGCUCCACCGGCAUCGUCGGCUCCACCGCCGUCGUGGCCAUUCUCGUCCGCGGCCGCCUGAUCGUCGCCAACUGCGGCGACUCCCGCGCCGUGCUCUGCCGCGGGCCCGAAGGGACGCCGCCCGUCCCGCUCUCCUUCGACCACAAGCCGAAUCGCCCAGACGAGAUGGAGCGGAUCGCGGCGACCGGCGGCCGGGUGCUGUUCAUCAAUGGUUACCGCGUGCGUGGAAUCCUCGCCAUGUCACGCGCAAUAGGGGACAGGUUGCUGAGGCCUGAAGUGAUCGCUGAGCCGGAGAUCACCAUCACGGAGCGCACGGUGGAGGACCAGUGCCUGAUCCUGGCGAGCGACGGGAUGUGGGACGUGAUCGACAACGACAUCGCCUGCAACGUCGCCCGCCAGUGCCUGGAGGACGGGAUCCCGCCUCCGGCCUACGCCGCUGCCGCCGCAGCUGCAGGACGAGUUCCUCCGGCCGCCGGCGGAGUCGUCGGCCACCAGGAGGAGCCCCGGUGCGUCUGCGCCGCCUCGCUCCUGGGCAGGCUCGCCCUCGGCAGGGAGACCGAGGACAACAUCAGCGUCAUCGUCGUUGACCUGAAGCACAGGGAGUGA